GGGGAUAUUUUGUUCUUAUCUUAUUUAUAACAAAAAUGAAUAAAACAGGGCAAUUCAUAAAUAUUGUGGCAGUAAUCAAUGAAGAACUUGAUCGACUAGAAUUAUUGUAAUAGUUAGGAAAUUUUUUAUUAGUGCCGAAAUGAAUCCUGAAACAAACGCAAAAGCAGAAGAAAUGAGUUCACAAGAUGUACCAAUGUCUGCCCCGCCUGCGUAUCCUGGGCCUCCUGUGUGGCCACCGUCACCAGGAAACCCCCAGCCUGUUGCCGCGAUAGUUACAGUGAAUCAACCUGUGGUAGCUCCGCCCAUCGCAGUUCAAGUUCGGCCAACAAAUGGGCAAUAAACCCUCGAGAAUAAUCUGUAGGAUGUGUAAUCAAGAAAUGGUUACCAGAAUUGAAACAAACGCUUCAUUGAAGACUCAUUUGUUUGCUCUUCUUUUAUGUGGUUUAGGAUGUUGGUGUUGCGUUUGUAUUCCAUACUUCAUCGAUUCGUGCAAGAAGACAAACCAUUACUGCACUACAUGCGGCGCUUACAUUGGAUUCUAUAACUGAAGUUAAUUAAUUUAAAAGGAUAAAUGAUAUCAUUACUAA